GAAAGCAUCGUUAGAAAUGAUUUUUCUCGGACUAGUUCUAUUUCUCUUUUCACUUUUGAUUUUGUACGAAUUCUAUUUGCGUUCCCUGCCUAGUUACAGAGCGGCAAGUCAAUUUCCCGGUGCUCCAAUUUACCCGAUUGUACAGAACGUGUUCGCGGCACUAUUCAACAGCCAAACGGAAGGAUUCCGAAAAGCGCGAACAUGGGCCUUGCAGAACAACGGCCAAAGCUAUAGGUUCGUGAUUCGAGGUGUUCUGAUUAUUCAGGUGAUCCACUGCAAAGAAGUCGAACUGCUGCUGUCCAGUUCUAAGUUGAUCCGAAAGAGUCCGCUAUAUAAGCUGACCGUUCCCUUCAUCGGCAAGGGACUGCUGAACAGCAGUGGAAGCAAGUGGCAUCACCGGAGAAGAAUCCUAACGCCAACGUUCCAUUUCAACAUAUUGCAAAGUUUUUUGCAAACGUUCCACGAUGAGUGUGCAAAACUGGCUGCGCAAUUGAGGCAGGCUGCUGAUAACGGAGCCGCUACGGAAUUGCAACCAUUAUCGACAAAAGUGACGUUGAACACGAUUUGUGAGACAGCUAUGGGGAUAAAACUGGACUCAACCGAUACGGCCGAUGUUUACAAAAAUAAUAUUCGAAAAGUUGGAAAGAUCAUUCAACACCGGGUAAUGAAUCCCUUGCUAUUCGAAGACUCGAUUUAUAAAGCUUUUGGAUAUCAGGCUCAAUUUGAGAAGAUCCUAAAACCAAUACAUCAGUUCACCAGUAAUAUUAUCAAACAACGAAGAGAAUUGUUUCAUCUUAACGUUCAAAACAUUGAAGAUGUUACGGAAGAAAAUGUGUACACCAAUAUCAAGCAAAGAUAUGCCAUGUUAGAUAGUUUGUUGCUAGCGGAAGCUAAACAUCAAAUCGACGCCAACGGAAUAAGAGAAGAAGUCGACACGUUCACCUUCGAAGGACACGACACUACUGCCAGCGCAUUUGUCUUUAUAUUUCUGCUGUUGGCAAACCAUCCAGAGAUUCAGGAGCAUGUAUUCGAAGAAUUGAUUUCUGUCAUCAGUAACCGACCGGAAUCAGCCGAACCACUUACAAUUCAGGAUUAUAACAACCUCAAGUACAUGGAUAGAGUCAUGAAGGAAUCUCUUCGCCUGUAUCCACCGGUUCCAUUUAUAUCGCGUGAGAUCACUGAAGAUGUCUUCUGGGAUGGUAAAAUUAUCCCUAAGGGUUCAAUAGUGAACAUUGAAAUCUACGACCUUCAUCGAAAUCGCGAGCAGUUUCCUGAUCCGGACCGAUUCGAUCCGGAUCGUUUUCUGCCAGAAGAGGUGGCAAAACGAAAUCCAUACGCUUAUAUUCCGUUCAGUGCUGGUCCGAGAAACUGUAUCGGUCAACGAUUCGCCAUGCUUGAGUUGAAAGCAAUUGUAAGCUCCGUUCUACGAGAGUUCCGCAUUCUACCGGUAACGAAACCAGAGGACAUCGUUUUCAUCGCCGACAUGGUGCUCCGCACCAGAGAUCCCAUCACAGUUAAAUUCGAGCGCCGAGUUCUUCAAAAUUGAUAUACCAUCCAAAGAGGAAUUCUCACAUCUUCUACUAUCUUCUACGAGAAUGCUCAAUAACCUACAACUCAUCCUUAUAAUUAGGAAUCAUUAUGAUGUUGGGAGUUUAUGGAAUAUCUAAAAAUAUCUUAAUAAAGGAUAAUAAAAUAUACUU